AUGGAUGCCAACCGAGCGAGGUAUCGCACUUCGUCUCGCGUCUGCGUGUCUCAGUUCACUGCUGUGGACGUUGCUCUCUACGUCUACACUCCAUCUCUCUCGUACUGCCACCGCUACGCGCCGGUCGAAUCGUUCCGCCGCGUUCGUUGGCGUGCUGUGAUUGGCGGGAUGCUGUCGUUGACCAAUCAACGCAUGACGGCUGUGCUGACGUCGCUAUCGGGCCGACUCAACAUCAUAUAG